AUUCGUCUUUCUUGGACUUUCGGUCUUUACGGCUGGCCACAACCUUUCACAUAGAUAUUUUUGAAUUAGAUCGUUCAGAACUGGGGUGGCAGCCGGGGUGGCAAGGCAUCUUCUAGGGGUGGCAGUUGCCACCUUAUGCCACCCCAGUAGAUCCGCCCCUGCGCUGAGAGUAUUAAACUGAAGGUUUCCAGCGGAACAUGUUUAGCUAGUGGCGGGCUUGACGCUGCGUGGGAUGUACCGUGUCUGUCCUCUGUGAUUACAGAUGGAAGUACCAGAGAACCUGUCCGGUCAGGCUACCGGUGUGGAGCAGAAUGCUACACCGACCCCCGUGGACGUGGACGCCGCGAUGCUGCUGCUGGGAGCCGGGGUUACAGUCAGCACACACCCGCUGCUGUACGUCAAGCUGCUAAUAAAGGUGGGACAUGAACCUCUCCCACCAACUGUGGGCAGAACUAUGUUUGGAAGAAGAGUUUUUUAUCUACCUGGCUUCUUCUCCUAUGCACAGCACAUUGUGAAAGUGGAUGGAGUAAUGGGACUGUUCCGCGGCCUCUCACCUCGUAUCGUGUCCAGCGCCAUCUCCACUGUGGUCAGGAGCAAAGUUAGGCAGAUAGAGUUUCUGUCCAAGAGAGAUGAACCGCAGACUUCACUCCAGAAAGUUGUCAAAGAGACGUCACAUGAGAUGAUCAUCCAGAGCCUGUCAAGAAUAGCCACCCAUCCUUUUCAUGUUAUGUCAGUGCGCUGUAUGGCCCAGUUUGUAGGCAGAGAGGUCAAGUAUGGCGGUAUGUUCAGCUGUAUUGUCAAGAUUUUUAAGGAGGAAGGAGUUGCUGGAUUCUAUGUUGGACUCAUACCGCAUGUGCUGGGAGAGGUCCUCUUCCUGUGGUGUUGUAACCUCCUGGCCCACUUUAUCAACACCUACACUGUAGAUGAAAAUUUCGGCCAGGCCUCAGCAGUAAGAAGCUACACUAAGUUUGUGAUGGGUAUUGCAGUGAGUGUUCUCACAUAUCCUUUCAUGCUGGUGGCUGAUCUUAUGGCCGUCAACAACUGUGGUCUGGCUGCAGGUCUCCCUCCUUACUUUCCCAUCUUUAAGUCCUGGCUGCACUGCUGGAAUCAUCUGAGCCACAAGGGUCACCUCUUCAGAGGAUCCAGCUUCUUUUUCCGACGGGUGCCAGUGACCUCACCAGCUUACAUCGAGGACUGAUGUCUUAAUCAUCAUCACCUUCUGGGAGUUCUUCCUCCUCCUGCUCAGAAAAUUUUCCAAAGACAUCACCUUUUCCUUCCCCGUGAGCCUGUCAUCCUCUGCUGCUGUCAUUCAGACAUCCAGAUGUAGCAGGAGCAGCAGCACAGCACAUGGAGUGCCAAAAGAGUUUCAGCUCACUUCAGUUUGCUGAGGAUGGAUCUGUUUCUUUUCAGAAUUCGGGGAUCAAUUCAGCUGUUUGAAUCAGUGCAGAAACUAUGGUGCAAUACUUUGUUCUUGACUGCAGUGAACCAGUAUGCACUACAAUUCUGAUUUCAUCUCCACAGCAGCAGCUGAAGCAUGUCACUGCAGUAAAACAGACAAAUCUAAUGGCCAUGACAUAUAUUCAUAUCAACCUCAUGUCCAAUUUCAUCGUUUUUCUUGUGAAUUCUGCUUACUAUUGUUGGCUGUUAUAAAUACAAGUCAAUAGUUUUAGUCUUAACAUAUCAGUCCUUAUUCUUAACAUUAUUUGAUUCAGUUCCAUUUUAUUUGUAUCGUGCCAAUUCACAACUGACAUCAUUUCAGGGCUUUUUGCAAUAUUAUAUUCCAAGAAGAAAACCAACAUAUCCAAUGAUUUCCUUUGAACAGUACAUAUUGUCAGUGGGAAGAAAAAGAACUUCGAAAACUAAACCAGGCCAUUUUUCAAUAUUUGUCUUAAACGUAGUUCAUCAACAUUAAUUAAAACACAUUGGAUGGUAUCAAAUGUGUUUAAAAUUCAUGUUAAUUAAAUUUUAUUUGGGUUAAUCAGCUUGUUCCACUUAGUAUUAGAUAUUUGACAGGUUCACAUUAUAAUUAGAUGAAUCCUCACUGUAGAAACUUUGUAAUGAUAUGAUGAUGAAAGUCUUCCAACUCUGUCACUGCGUCAUGCUCCAUGUAUGAUUAUGGCACUACAGAUAUUUGAUCAAAUGCAGAGGUAGGGCUAUCACAAUCGGCAGAUAUGAACCAAUAAAAUGCAACACACUAAAAUUAAAAGACAAAGACAGUUGGAGCCUAUCCUUGUUCCUGAAAUGCUUCAUCACUUUUUACAAAAGUUCCACUCUUACCAUCAACUUUGAAAUACUGACUUCGAGUCGCACUGCAACAGUAAACACACAGCAAACCUUAAAAUUAACAAAACACAAGAUAUUUAAUUUCAUUGCCAUACCUAACCCUUCUCUCUGUCUCGUAUUACCAGUAAUUUCCUCGUCAUCCACACCAGAGAGUCUCCUUCAGUGAGUGUCCUUACUAAUACAUCAUUAAAAUGAAGCCACUACGGUGUUGAAUCUGUUUGUCUGUCUACAUGUCAUUGUACCUUAUGAAAUGCAUGGAAAAUCUCACGGGUACAAGUUACAAUCUUAUAUAUGCUAUGAACUGCUGAACAUGAUAUUUAAGACUGUAGAUGAACACAGUCGUUGGAGUUUUCUCCUAACCCAGAAGAGUGGUUUGAAGUCAUACGCACAUGCGUUGUUGGAAGAUGUCUGUUACCUCUGAACUGAAUGGCCACUCCUUAGACUGAUCAAUAAAGAGUGAUGGUCAUAUUGUGACUCCAGUGAGAUCUCACUUGUCAAUCUGUCUUUGUGAUGUGAUUCAUGCAAGUCGUCCAUUUGUUGAAAAUAAAUUAUUUGAUACUCA